AAAUGCGAUCUUGUGUCCAUUUAACCUUUUUACAAUCUGUUAUAUAUUCAGAGGCACAGACGAAAUUCAAACAUACCCUACUUCACAUGCCAAUCUCGCCCUAUGGGAUUUUGUUGUCAUCUUUUUCUGCCUGCCCCUGGUGAUCUUCCAUCAACUGACCAAGAAUUGGCUGUUGGGGGAGUUCUCCUGUAAAAUCAUCCCCUAUAUUGAGGUCUCUUCCCUCGGGGUCACCACCUUCACCCUGUGUGCUUUGUGCAUUGACCGCCUUCGCGCCGCCACCAACGCCCAGAUGUAUUACGAGAUGAUUGAAAACUGCGCCUCCACGGCCGCCAAGCUGGCCGUUAUCUGGAUCGGGGCUCUCCUAUUGGCCCUGCCAGAGCUCCUGAUCCACCAGCUGGUCACUGAAGAUGGCGAGCCUCCGGAUGUGACGCCCUGCCAGCGCUGUGUGGUUCGUAUCUCCACCGACCUCCCCGACACGCUCUAUGUGCUGGGCCUGACCUACGACGGAGCCCGCCUCUGGUGGUAUUUUGGCUGCUACUUCUGCCUGCCAACGCUGUUCACCAUCGGCAGCUCCCUGGUGACUGCCCGUAAAAUCCAGCAGGCCGAGCGGGCCUGUGUGCGUGGCAACAAGAAGCAGCUCCAGCUGGAGAACCAGAUGAACUGUACGGUUGUGGCGUUGGCCAUCCUCUACGGCUUCUGCAUCAUCCCUGAGAACAUCUGCAACAUCGUCACUGUCUACAUGGCAGCGGGUGUGCCCAGACGGACCCUGGACAUUCUCCACCUGGUCAGCCAACUGCUGUUGUUCUGUAAGUCAGCGGUGACACCCGUCCUGCUGUUCUGCCUGUACCAGCCCUUCAGCCGGGCCUUCCUGGACUGCUGCUGCUGCUGCUGUAACGAGUGCGGCCCUCCCAGGUCUUCCACCACCGCCACCACCAGCGAGGAGAACGAGCACGAGUGCACCACCACCGACCUGGAGCUGUCACCAUUCAGCACCAUCCACAGGGAGGCAUCCUCCUCCUACACCACUGUGGGGACCCACUGCUGAGAGGUCAAAGGUUAUGACCUCCUUCAGAAAGUUACAACUGCCAUGUGAAGAGUUCAAGAGGUCGGACUUUAAACCAAUUGGACCGGUUUCCCCACACCCAGGUUAAGGUUACUCCUGGAAUAAAAGGCAUGCUCAAUGGACAAUCUCCAGUGAGAGUGCUUGUAAAUCAGAGAAUAGCCUUAAUCUGAGUCUGGGAGACCGGCCCUUAAGAGUUAUGAUCAGUUCAUGUUUUAUUCCUGUCAAUUUAGGAAUUGAAUUGAUAAUGUGGAUAAAGGGCACAUCCCAUUUUAAAUCCAUGUCCACUUGACUUUGAAUUAAAUUGACGUAAACUCUGGUGGACAUAAGUGUCUUGGUCUUCUUGAGGGCAGAGUUCUGUAUACGUACUAUACUGUCUGUCUACGCUUUGUUUACAGCAGUGGUCACCAACCGUGGUUGAUCUCCAAGGCAUUCCUAGUCAAUCACCAAACAUUUCUGUAAAAAGUUAAAAAAUAAAGCCUUGCGUUCCUAUUUUGUUAUUUGUUUUGCGCUGUUGGCGGUAGUUGCACUUUAUUUCUGAUUUCUUUUAGGUUGUAAGAUGUAGAAGCACUUGAUGCAGCAGCCCUAGUGCCAGGAAGGCAAAGUCCCAUUUUGAAUAACGUUUUUUAAAUAGAAUUUCCAAAUGGUCUGAGAAGAAAAACAUUGGCAGGGAAAUUCAAGCAUUGAUAAUGUAUUGGGCCUAUAGCCUACUGCACAAACCUCAUUGUUACAGAACUGUAAUUGGUUACGUUUUCUAAAAAAAAUCUGAGCAGUAGAUCUCAGCUUCCAUUUUGACUCAAAGUGAUCUUCACUCAAAGGUUGGUGACCACUUGUUUACAGAAACCAUACGGAAAGGAAUGCAUAUGUAUAGUUCAAUUCAAUUUAUAGCAAAUUCAUUAUAAACUCACCAGUGUUUUCUCUUUUUAAUUAUUAUAUUAUUUUUUGUGGUGGGUCAUAAUGUUAUUUUUCUGCUUCCACAGAGAGUCUGUGUCAAAUGGAAAGUAAUAUAUUGAAAAUGGCUGAUCGUACUGUAUUGUGUUUAGCUUAUAAUGGUGAUUCUUGUGAAUCAGGUCAAAGUUAUGCCUAGCUCCCUUGCUAUGUAAGUAUAUUAUGCACUCUGUAUUUGAUAGCAGAAAACUGUACGAUACACUUCAGUCAGUAAAGUUACUGGAGUCUUUUUGUUGUUGUUGCUCACUUUAAUAAAAAAAGAACACAGA